AUGGCCAAUAGUUUAAUCACCCUGUCUCUUUCUGGCAACAACUUAACUUCCGUUCCCAAAGCGAUUUCCAAAUUGGUCAAUAUCACGAAUUUGUACGUAGACCAUAACAAGUUAACAGACCUUACCUGGUUGCCAAAACAAGCCAGAUUGGAUACGCUAGCUUUAAACAAUAAUAAAAUCUCCAAUGGGACUCAUUUAAGUGAUGCUUUGAUACCUUUCGGAGAAUUUUUGAGCGACCUUGAUUUGAUAGACAAUGAGCUGACUGCAAUUCCUGAUUUACAUUUCCUGACUGUUCAGAGCAUUGAAUUGUCCUUCAAUAAGAUUUAUGAUCUGAAUGCAGGAUCUCUACCACCUAAUCUUAACGGGUUGAGUCUAGAUCACAACCUCCUGUCUUCAAUUCCAAGUGUGGUUUUUAGUGUCCAGUCGCUGCGCUCGUUAAUGAUGCCGUCAAACUUAGUAACCCGUGUGCAAGCAUCGUUAAUUCCUGCGACAUUGACGUAUCUUGAUCUCCAACAGAAUCUACUCACUGAACUAACAGAUACCAGUUUUCCAGAAAAUUCUAGCCUACUCUAUUUGUACCUGAAUAAUAAUCCUUUAACGACAAUAUCCGAUCACGCGUUCGCUAAUCUGGGGCAACUACAGGAGCUUCACCUGAGUAGUACGAGACUAGCUCGUCUACCCCUCGGCCUGACCUCGCUCCACAGUUUAUUUUCACUUGAUGUCAGCGACAUCACUCGCCUUGUCUGCACCUGCCUGGAGAAAGAUUUAGCACCUUGGAUCAAGUCCAUGAGGUCAUGGGAAGUCUUAGGUACCUGCGGCCUAAUGAAUGUGUACGACUUUUUCUCUUUAUUAAGCCCAGGCUGUCCGCCUUAA